CUCCCUCUUUUUGAUAUACUCUUUUUUAUCUGAUACAUGACAGCUAAAGAACAAAAUGAAAAACAGCAAGAAAACAAGAUAAAGCGAUUGUUGAAAAAUGAUCAAUUUCAAGGCGUCAUCAUCCUCAUACUUAUCAAUCUGGCCCUGCCCUUGGCUAUCUACUACAGCUUUCGAACAUUCACAUCAGAGAUAAUCGCACUCAUAGUAUCCGGUAUCCCACCAUGUCUCCGAGCAAUCUACAUUUUCAUCAAGCAUCGCACGGUUGACAUUCUCAGCUGUAUCAUCGUCCUUUCUUUUGUCUUGUCCGGUGUUCUCACUGCUAUUCAAGGAGAUGCUCGCGUCGCCCUACUACGAGAUUCCUUUGUAACAGCCGUCAUCGGGCUCAUGUUCUUCCUUACAUUGAUACCACUCUCAACACGAUGGUUUACUAUUUUCCCAAUGACUCACCUUGUCGGACGACAACUUUUUGCUGCCCUACCGAUGCAACAAUGGACCGAUGAAGAAGGAACCAAACGCGAACUGACAAUCCCGAGCUUUAUGUGGCAAGAAAUGCACGAUUAUCGCAAAUACAGUUACCUAUUGACAUUUUUGUGGGGCUUUGGACUUUUGGUCGAGUUUGGCUCACGGGCUGCGAUGAUUUACACUGGCGUGGAUGUGGAUAAGAUCGUUGGUAUUGGCACAGCUGUAUCAGCCAGUAUAAACAGUGUAUUGGGCGCCAUCAGUGCGGCUAGUUACUUUGUACUCCGUAGAAGAUUCAAUCAAUUUGAUAAACGGUGGAGGGAAUUAAAUGAUUUCACCCAGAAACAAGAAGAGCCACAAACCUUAGAUCCACAAAGCCAUAGUAAUAUUUAGAUGUAUAUAUAAUAAAAAGGCACUGCAACUUCAGUCGUGAUGGGUCC